AUGGAAUCUCACGAUGACUCGAAAAGGACCGCCUGGAAACACUCUGCCCGUCAGGCUGAGGAUCCUCGCCACUUGGCCAUGCUUCUGGAAUCUACCCUCUGCUCUCCUCUCUUCUCUCUUCUUCACUUCUCUGCUUCUUUCCUCUUUCCACUACCCUACAUAGCCAUGUCCCCAGCCUACCUCAUGGGCCGUAGAUUCGCUCUCCGUCGCGGCUACAUGCCACAUGACACAGUGCGGCCACACACAGACAAGCAUAAGAGCAGACAGACAGGCAAGGAGCGGCCUGGGCACUCGUCUCACGGGGCUCUAAGUGCCGGACUUCUGGCGGAAAACGCAAAUGAAUUAAUCGGAAAAUCGGUCAGCCCAUUUGACUUUAUUGCAUUCGCUUGGUCCCGACGGGAAACGACGUUGGCCACGGGGACAUGUGAAGGGCGGCAAGAGAUUGAAGGUGGUCAGACGUCCUGCGAGGAUGUCUGCUGCAGUCCAGAUGUCUGUUGUGUGCGCAUACAAAUGCGACAGAUGUUAAGCACAUGCAUUCACAUUAAAUGA